AUGUCUACCCUUAAGCGCAAGUCCGCCGCCGAAGCCGGUGCCGAGCCGAAGAAGGCGAAGCAGGGCAACAUCAUGUCCUUCUUUGGCACACCCAAGCCGUCAGCCACCAGCGGAAGCGCAAGUGGAAGCAACAGCGCUGCGGCUGUGGCUCCGGCAUCCGAGCCCGCAGCACCCAAAUUUGACAAGGCGAAAUGGGUGGCUUCGCUCACCCCGGAGCAGCGGAGCCUGCUCCAGCUCGAGAUCGACACACUCCACGAGAGCUGGCUGGCCCUGCUCAAGGACGAGCUCGUCACCAAGGAGUUUUUGGAGCUGAAAAGGUUUCUCGACCGCGAGACGGCCGCCGGGAAGAAGUGGUUCCCUCCCAAAGAGGACGUCUACAGCUGGUCCCGGCACACCCCCUUCCCCACCGUCAAAGUUGUCAUCCUGGGCCAAGACCCUUACCACAACCACAACCAAGCCCACGGCCUGGCCUUCUCGGUGCGGCCUCCGACCCCGGCCCCGCCCUCGCUCAAGAACAUGUACAUCGCCCUCAAGAACGACUACCCGUCCUUCACCCCUCCGCCGAACCGCGGCGGCCUGCUCACCCCCUGGGCCGACCGCGGCGUGCUGAUGCUAAACACGAGCCUGACGGUGCGCGCGCACGAGGCCAACUCGCACUCGAAUCGUGGCUGGGAGCGCUUCACCCAAAAGGUCAUUGACCUCGUCGCUGCGCGCCGGACGCGCGGCGUCGUGUUCAUGGCGUGGGGCACGCCCGCGGGUAAGAGGGUGCUGAAGGUCGACGGGAAGCGGCACCUGGUGCUCAAGAGUGUUCACCCUUCGCCGCUUUCCGCCGCGAGAGGAUUCUUCACGUGCGGGCAUUUUCGGAUGGCGAAUGAGUGGCUUAUGGAGAGGUAUGGGGUGGAGGGGAAGGUGGAUUGGGCGCUGACCGAGGGCGCGAGUGUCUUUGAAGAGGAAACUAAAAAGGAAGGGGUUGAUGGGGCCAAGAAGAAAGGAGAGGAAGAGGAGGAGGUGGAGGGUGAGGCGGUGGAGGGGAGUGUGGUUCGGAAGGUUGAGGCGGUCGUCAAGGCUUCGGUCCUGGGGGCCAAUGCGGGCGCGAAGGAGACGGUCGUGGAGAAAAAGGGCGCGAUUGGGAAGGCGGAAGACGAUGAGAAUGCGGCGCCCGAGGUCCAAGCAUAA